GGACCUUGGCGCGGCUCGCAGAAGCUGCAGCCAUUGCACAGCCGAGCAUCCCACAUUCAACAGGAGGAACCCGCGGGAGAGGAGCCCGAGCCCCCAGCGCCGCAGCCGCCGCAGCCCGUGCGCCCCGCGCCCCCGUGCGCCAUGGCCAAGGAAGGCGUGGAGAAGGCGGAGGAGACGGAGCAAAUGAUCGAGAAAGAGGCAGGCAAGGAGCCUGCUGAGGGCGGCGGCGGCGGCUCUCACCGCCUCGGGGACGCCCAGGAGAUGCGCGCCGUGGUGCUGGCCGGCUUCGGGGGGCUCAACAAGCUGCGAGUGACCAGGAAGGCCAUGCCCGAGCCGCAGGACGGCGAGCUCAAGAUCCGCGUCAAAGCCUGCGGUUUAAACUUCAUUGACUUGAUGGUGCGACAGGGGAACAUCGACAACCCUCCCAAGACUCCCCUGGUGCCAGGAUUUGAGUGUUCUGGGAUUGUCGAAGCUCUGGGGGACAGCGUGAAAGGAUACGAGAUCGGGGACCGUGUCAUGGCAUUUGUCAACUACAACGCCUGGGCAGAGGUGGUCUGCACGCCAGUGGAAUUUGUCUACAAGAUCCCAGAUGACAUGAGCUUCUCGGAGGCUGCUGCAUUCCCCAUGAACUUCGUCACAGCCUAUAUGAUGCUCUUUGAAGUCGCCAACCUCCGAGAAGGAAUGUCUGUGCUCGUGCACUCAGCUGGCGGCGGCGUGGGCCAAGCUGUGGCUCAGCUGUGUUCCACGAUCCCCAAUGUGACUGUCUUUGGAACAGCUUCUUCUUUCAAGCACGAAGCAAUCAAAGACUCCAUGACCCACCUCUUUGACAGAAAUGCAGACUACGUGCAGGAAGUGAAAAGAAUCUCUGCUGAAGGAGUGGACAUUGUUUUGGAUUGCCUCUGUGGGGAUAACACUGGGAAAGGUCUCAGCCUUCUCAAACCACUGGGAACCUAUAUUUUAUAUGGUUCAUCCAACAUGGUGACUGGAGAGACCAAGAGCUUCUUCAGCUUUGCAAAAUCAUGGUGGCAGGUCGAGAAGGUGAACCCCAUCAAGCUCUACGAAGAGAACAAAGUCAUCGCGGGAUUUUCCCUUUUAAAUCUGCUCUUCAAACAGGGCCGUGCAGGCCUCAUUCGAGGAGUGGUGGACAAACUCAUUGGGCUCUACAACCAGAAGAAGAUCAAGCCCGUGGUAGACUCCCUUUGGGCCCUGGAGGAGGUAAAGGAGGCCAUGCAGCGGAUCCAUGACCGGGGGAACAUCGGCAAAUUAAUUCUGGAUGUAGAGAAGGCCCCGACUCCACUGAUGGCCAAUGAUAGCACAGAGACCAGCGAGGCGGGAGAAGAGGAGGAGGACCACGAGGGGGACGGCGAGAACAAGGAGCGGAUGCCCUUUAUCCAGUAGCCCAGGACCCAGGCAGCAGAAUGGGAAGGAUGGUUUGGAACAAGAAGAGCCGGCUGAGGAGGCUCCUCUGCGCCCCAGUGAACAAAUGCUGUAGUCCACUGUGUGUUGUGUUUGUCUGCAGUCAGCUGAGCUAAAAGCUGUUGAUCACUGUUGUUUUUGAAAUUAAGUGCCAAGCCCAUUCCAUGCAGUAUUAUGUCCCUCCCCCAUCUGUGUAUUACACUCUCCCCUCUCUCCUACUUCAAAACCAUCCAUCUUUGGGUCCUUCUUGACAGUUCUAGAACAGCCUUGCAAAUUAAUACAAGCCCACAGGCCCAAUGCCUACAAGACCAGACAUGGGCAAAGACAAGUUUGGAUUGAAAGGUGUUAUCAUAAAAGCACUGUCCAGAUCCUAGAAUUCUUGGGGCCAAUGACACUUUUUGCUGCCAGCCACCCGUGAUUCUGACAAGAGCACUUGCCAAUGUGGCUGGCAGAAGGAGGGUAGGCCAGGAGGUGCUUUUAUGAACCCGUAUGUUUCGGAUCUCUCCAAACGGUACUUUCCCUCUCCCCAUUUAAGAGGCAACUUCCUAACAUCCAUUCAGUUGUUUAUUGGUCAAAAGGUUGAACCACUCUCCUCUCAGCCUCUGAUGCUUGAUCCCUUCACUGAUUCUUAACCAUCAACGCAGGAAAGUAGAUGUGGAUUUUUCAGGAUAGAAGAUGGGUCAACAGCAUGAGUUUGAGGAUCAACCACAGCGAUUUCUCCUCUGAAACCAGGUCUCAUGAGCAAAAUCCUGCCUGCCAUGUGUAGUUUCUUUUAAUUCUAAGAAAACUCACCACGUGUGGGACUGUUUCAGAAGUCAUUACUGAGAUUUGCCUAUGUCUGCACACUUUCCAUGGGCAUUACCGAUUUUGCUCUUUUCAUUUCCAGGUAGUAAGCAGCUACUUUUCCCGAGGAUCCCCCAAGAAGACCUCCCUUGUAGACCAUAUUAGGAAAAAAAAAUCAAUGAGUAUCUCUUUUCUUGCCAAAGCAUGCUCUGACAUGUAACAAACUCUAGUGAUACAAGCGGUUGAUGUUCAGUGUCUGAUGCCAAAUGUGCAGUUCCUCUCCUCUAAAAUAUAAAAGUAUGGUGCAGACUCUUUGCAAGCCCCUGCUUUUUGGAAAUCAGGGACCAAACUACUUGAUUACACACCAUUGUCGAACUUCCCAGCUCCUAAACUCUUAAGAAACCCCACACCCCGCCCCACCAUACUUGAAAGAUCUUGAGGUGAAUGAUUUUCUCCUGAAGGAUGUGAGAGAGGCUCAGUGUCUCCACAAGGGGGCUCCUUAUUCCUUCCUCCCACUCCUUUUGGCUCAAAGGGUGACUCCUUCACUCACAAACCAAGCUGGAGACACAAGGAGCCCACAUGAUUAGCGCCCUAAGUCACUCUGCCUUCUGGAAGACCUUGGACGGCUCCCUGAUUGCCCCAUCUCUCCACCAGUGAGCCUUAGGGUAGAACCAGCUCCUUCCCCCCAACGAUGGGAAGGAAUGCAUUCCAGCAGUUACCUUUUUAUUUCCAAAGUCCUUUUGUAACAAAUACACCUCAUUAAUCAUGUUCUUUUUUCCUAUCCUAAGCUUGUGAUGGUGACUUAUUUAUGCCAAAUAUUUAUCUGAAGAGAGUUUCUCCUCAUUGUGAAUGUCCGUGUAAAAUAUGGGGACAAGAAGGGGUGCUGCCAUCUGAUGAGCAGAGAGAUGAGACUAUCUCAGAAGACACUCCCACCAUCUUCUGUUCAGACCCCAGGACUCACCAGUAUUUCAUUUCUGGGCCAUUUGGAAAGAUAAUGUGGAGGUUUAUCACCUGCCCCCCAACACUUUCACUAAACGAUGUAUUAUUGAUCAUAUUUCUCCCAUAACCAAGCUGACAGGGAGGUUUUAUGAAGAACCACUACCCAAGUGACAUUCUUGGUGAGCUGGACAGAAACGGCAUUUUCUAGGGCUGGGGUAACAAAGAGCCAUUGGUGCCAAAUCAGGGCUGUCCUCUGCGAGGGGAGCGGGAACGUGUAGAAUCCAAAUGGCCUUUGUUCUGUCCAGAGGCAUUAAAAAAAUCAUGCUUCCCCAAAUCUGUUUUUCAACUAGCAAAAUUAAUACAGUCAUCACAAAUAAUGGCAGCUGGUUAAAAAAAACCCUUUUGUCUCUUCAGAAUACAGAGUGAGAAGAGAAAACUAGAGUUUGACUAUCAAGGUCCAGUUAUGCCUUGAAGAACAGGAGAAAGAAAAUGCCAAAAUUAGCCAUUUAAUGCACUCUUCGUUUUAAGCACCUUCUUCCUGUCACGUGAUUGGUUUUCUGAAGGAAGUAUAAAGAAAGUCUCAGUUUGCCUUAAAGGAACUGUGAAGGCUUCUCUGUCAUUUAAACUUGAUUGGAGUGAACUGAAACAUUGUCUAACGUAUUUGUGGCUUUAGAGCUUUUGUUACAUUGUGCCUACAAAGCAAAUUAUGUUUACAUAAAAUAUAUAAAUAAAGUAUUCAGCAUAGCAUAACCUCGCCUGGCAGUGGUGACUCCAUAUAAAUAAUUGUUGGAAAAGCAAUCCCACUAUUAAAAUGCAAGGAGUGGGUGACUACAAAAGAAAAAAUAAAUAAAAAUAUGUGAUAGAAGAAUUUUCAAAUGAGAAACUAAAGACUGUGUAGAAAAAAUAGGACUCAAACCUUUAAAAAAAAUUCAAGUUCCCUCAGGCAAGAAAGUAUAACCACUAAAUAAAAUUAAUGAAGACAUCAUAUAAUAAUGAUGACAAUAAUUAUAAUGGAGCUUAUAAGGUACCUAAAAUAUGCUGUUAAGAGAGCUGUAUAUAUACAAACUAAAGUUAAAUAAUAUAUAUAUUAGUUUGCCUACCCUCGCAACAGCCCUGAGAGGUAGGGUUUAUCAUUAUACCCAUUUUAUAGGUGACAAGACUGAAGAUGAGGGUUUUGCACUUGCCCAAGAUCACACAGCUAGUAAAUGAUGGGGCCAGGAUUUUGAGCCAAUCUAGAAGCCAUGCUCUUCAUCGCCCUAUCAUGCUUCUUGGCUUAAAUAGGGUGAAAUAUGAUGCAUUUCAAAUUAACCAUUCCUUGUUACCUAGAAACUCUUCAGGUAUUCUGUUUCCUCUGAUUUCAAGGAUGUAUUUGUAAAUUUGUUUUGCUUUGUAGCAAAUAAAAUGCGUAUC